AUGGCUCGCAAAUCACCCCAGCCACUUCAGCCAAUACUCUCGGCGAACGAGAUUGUCCCCUUGAUCAAACGGUUCAUCGCAGAGCAUUCCUCUAUCCGCGACACCCUCGUAAAGACUAUCUCGCCCUCUAAAGCGUGCUACCAGACCGUCAUUGCGCCAAUUCAAGCCGUCGACGAUGCAAUCCAGGGGGAGGCGGGUGUUUACGCCAUGCUGCGCUACUCGGGCCCCGACGAGCUCACCCGUCAAGCAGUUCAAGAGGCGCAGGAGCUCUGGUCGGCAGCUGGCGGAGAGAACCUCAAGCGAAAGGACGUAUACGAGCUUAUCCAGGCCGUCAAAGACAAGAAUGAAGAUCUGGGGUACGAGGAGCGAAAGAUUUUAGAAGAUAUGUGGUCGCAGUUUCGGCGCGCCGGCCAUGGGGCGCUUGAUGAAGAGCAGAUCAAGAUGUAUCUCAGCCGACGGGAGAGAAUUGAAGAGCUGAAGAGGGAUUUUCAGAACAAUUUGAGUGGGAAGGGGACGGGUUUGUGGUUUGAGAAAGAUGAGUUGGAGGGUGUUUCGGCACAGGAGAUGGCGAGGUGGAAGGAAGAAGACGGGAAGAUGUUUGUGCCAUUGGAAAGGGGGGAUAAUGAAGCUGUCCAGCGAUACGCUAAUAACCCUGAGACGAGGAAGAGGAUGUUUGCUGCAUACGACGUCAGGCUGGUUGAGAAUGUCCCCCUUUACAAGGAAAUGAUCAUUCUCAGGGAUGAGAACGCGAGAAUGUUGGGGUACAAGAACCACGCAGACUUUCGAAUUCGGGAGAGAACCGCGCCGUCAACAGAGUGGGUUGACGAGUUUCUGAAUAAGUUGAUCAAGGAUUUGUUGCCGAAAGGGAAGGGGGAGAUUGAAAGGCUUGAAGCAAAGAAGAGAUCCCAUCUCGCCGUGGAGGAGGCGGAGAUUCUACCUUGGGAUUACCAGUACUACACUCAACUGCUUGAGGAAGAAGCCAACGUCGAGCACGAGUUGAUAUCGGAGUAUUUUCCCCUGCAGCACACCCUGUCGUCGAUGCUGGGACUGUUCAACCAGUUCCUCGGACUGGAGUUCGUGCCUGUGCCGGAAGAGGACUUAGAAGGGAAGCUUUGGGCUGAGAACAUCCAAGUCUGGAGCGUUUGGGAGGGAAGAGGGGAGAGAAAGGACGAGUUUGUGGGAUAUCUUUAUGCUGAUAUUAUUUGGAGGGAGGGCAAAGCUACGUUAAAGAAGACGGAACCAGGGUGUAUCCUGCCACGAUCCUCAUGUGCGCCUUCCAACCACCAUCAGCAGCGUCUUGCGCCCUCCUCAAACACCGACAAGUUGUCACACUCUUUCACGGCACAACUGGGCCAUGCCCUCCACGAUCUGAUCUGCCGAACCAAGUACACCCGCUUCCACGGCACCCGCGUGAAGCCCGACUUUGGCGAGGCCCCCAGCACCAUGCUCGAGAACUGGUGCUGGAUGCCAGAUGAGCUGGUCAAGAUGAGCCGGCACUACACCCACAUGGACCCUGCCUAUGCAGCCAAGUGGAAGGAGGACCACGAUGACGCCGAGCUGCCGCCUGAGAAGAUUAACGAGAAGCUUGUGGAGCGAUUAGUCGAGAGCCGGAGCUUGAAUCGUGCGCUGUGGUUUUUGAGGCAGAUCCUAUUUGCCAAGUUCGACUUGGACGUCAACAACCAGAAGUCUACCGACGCAGUGAGGGAGUUGGAUGAGGUCAAGCUUUACAACGAGCUCAAGGAGACUCUCACCCUGACCAAGACCCCCGAAAAUAAAAGUGUUGGAUACGUUCAGUCGAACCAUCUCAUCACCCUCUACGACGCGGGGUACUUCUCCGCCCACGCCUUCGCGGCAGACUUCUUCGAGUCCAACUUUGCCAAGGACCCGCGGGAUCCCGAGGCCUGGGACCGCUACCGUCAUGGGAUCUUAGAGCAUGGGGCAAGCAAACAGGAGAUGGAAUACAUGACCGAGUUCCUUGGUCGUGAGCCUGGGCCGGGUGCGCUUCUUAGGAGUCUUGGGCUGUCGACGUCCUGA